AGUUCGCUAGUCAGAGCGAAUCUCAAAAGUUAAACAGCCAACAAGAUGAACACAUCAGCAAUCAAAUUUCUGACCAUUGUAGCGCUCUCCACAUUCGCACUGUGCGCUACGACGCAGGCGUUGACCAUUGAGCCGCGCAGCAGUUGGGGAGCAGCGAGUGCUCGUUCGCCCUCUCGCAUCAAUGGCGCUGUGGAAUACGUGAUCAUCCAUCAUUCGGACAAUCCCAAUGGAUGCACCACAUCACAGCAGUGCCAGCGCAUGAUCAAGGCCAUUCAGUCGGAUCACAAGGGCCGGCGCAACUUCAGCGACAUCGGCUACAACUUCAUUGUGGCCGGCGAUGGCAAAGUGUACGAGGGUCGCGGCUUCGGGCUGCAGGGCUCCCAUGCGCCCAGCUACAACCGCAAGAGCAUUGGCAUUGUCUUCAUUGGCAACUUUGAGAGCAACGCGCCCAGCGCACAGAUGCUGCAGAAUGCCAAGGAUCUCAUUGAGCUGGCCAAGCAACGUGGCUAUCUGAGGAGCGACUAUACCCUGCUCGGCCAUCGCCAGACCAAGGCAACUGCUUGCCCCGGCACUGCGCUCUACAAUCAGAUUAAGACGUGGCCGCACUGGAAAGAGAUUUAGUUGAGAGAAUUCUCGAUAUUGACUGAAUUACGUAUUUUAGUAGAUUUAAAAAUACAUAUUAAAUAAGUAAUAAAUACUAUAUUACAUGUACAUAAAUAUUAGUAUGUAAUUGGAUUCUAUUUCUCAGAAAUCUUGCUUAGAACUUAAUCAUAUUUCAUGAUAAGGAUUACUAUUAAUUCUAACAGACUCAGAACAACCAGAGUUAAUUUUGUUUUUUAGUGGAAUCCUUUAUAUAUGAUGCUCCUCGAGCUGUGAUAAAAAUCUUUCGCAUUAAAAAUUAGUAUAUAUUUACAA